GUUGCCUACUGACAGCAUCAUUUGAUUGUUGCUGUUUAUAUCUGUGAACUAGUGGGCCAUCAUUUAAAACUGUACUUGCACCGUCAGCAACCAAUGAAUGUACUACGUAUCUUUAACCUCCGUCUCUGAGCCACAAGUCCAUUCAACACAUCUAAUGUAGCGAAGCAAGCCCGGAUCUUUGCUACGUUAGCAUUAGCGAGCAGCUAACGCUACAAUAUACCUUUACCUAGAGUUACUGGUAAACUAAUAUUCUUCCAGCGUUUUUUUGGUCAGUGGUGUUACCACCGCUUGUUUCUGACGGCGGUAUGAGUUCUGGACAUGGUGGUCGAGGAGAGAGAAGAGGCAGGAGAGGAGGUCGAGGACACAGAGAUGGAAGCAGAGACCGAUGGGACAGAGGAGGUGGAUCUGGUUCGAGUGGACAACGGUCCGACUUGGACCAGGACCCAGGAGGAGGUGGACAACGGGACCGUCCUCCUCCUCACCUGAAGGGACGUGAGAUUGGAAUGUGGUACGCACGAUACGGAGUCGCGAGGAGGAAGCAGGGUGACCGCAGAUCGCGGGCGGUCGUCCAGAUGGAUGAGGCCAGAGAACAGCAUAUUACCAAGCUGCUUCGCUCCGUCCAAAAUGAUUUCCCUGGUCGUGGGAGGGAUUGGAGUGCAAGAGCCUCUACGUCUAACAGCUGCCAGCCAGGUGCAAAUAGCAGUGGUCAUUGCUACUUCGAUGGGGAAAUGUCUGAAGAGGAAAAACUGAAGAUUGAGUUCAAAUCUGAGGAAGAGGAGGAAGAUGUUACUCCAGGCCAGAAGAAAGCAACUCUCAAAUCACAACGUUACUUCUCCCCUGCAGUCGUUAAAGAUGAGCCUCCAGACACGUGGGAUGACGAAGAGCAGCAGGAAAAGGAGAAGGAGAAGGGGAAGGAGGAGAAAGAGACACUGAGAAGGAAGGACAGGGACCUGGAGUUCUUAAUCCAGGAAGUAGCCAGAGACGGUUCACUUGAUGACCGCUUGAAAAGAGAUCUGCAGAGCAAGAAAUCAGAAUCGAAGUACAAAGAAAUGCUGAAAUUCCGGGAAAGACUACCAUCUUAUGCCAAACAAGAGGAGCUGGUUGAGCUAAUCAACUCAAACCGUGUCCUGGUGGUGAGUGGGGAAACAGGGUGUGGAAAGACCACUCAGGUUCCCCAGUUCAUCCUCGACGACUACAUCAACAGAGGCGUGGGCUCAAUGUGUCGUGUGGUCUGCACGCAGCCUCGUCGCAUCAGUGCCAUCUCGGUAGCAGAGCGUGUCGCAGCAGAGAGGGCAGAAAGUGUAGGAAAUGCAAAUUCUUGUGGUUACCAAAUCCGUCUGCAGAGCCGGUUGCCACGGAAACAAGGCUCGAUCCUGUACUGUACAACAGGCAUCAUUCUUCAGUGGCUGCGUACAGACCCAUUAUUGUCCACCAUCAGCCACCUGGUGUUGGAUGAGAUCCACGAAAGGAACCUGCAGUCUGACGUUUUGCUCGUCAUUGUGAAGAACAUACUCACCCUUCGAGAUGACCUUAAGAUCAUCCUCAUGAGCGCCACGCUCAACGCAGAGAAGUUUUCUAGAUAUUUUGACAACUGUGAGAUCAUUCACAUCCCCGGUUUGACGUUCCCAGUCGAAGAGUUCCUACUUGAGGACGUUGUGGAGUUAACCAGUUAUCGUUGCCAGAAUCUGGACCGUCGCCCCGCAAGGAAGAGAGGCUUCAUGCAGGGGAGGAACUCCAGGCCUGAGAAGGAGGCGAAAGAGGCUGAAUACAAGGAGAAUUGGCCCAGUUACGCACGCACACUGCAGGACAGAUACUCCGACAACACCAUUGAGACGCUGGAGAUGUUGGACAAUGACGACAAGAUUGACCUGGAGCUGAUCGUGACACUGAUUCGCCAUAUUGUGCUCAAGGAGGAGGAUGGAGCCAUCUUGGUCUUCCUUCCUGGCUGGGACAACAUCAGCGGUCUCAACGACCUGCUCGUGGCUCAGCAGAUGUUCCGAUCAGACCGGUUCGUUAUCAUCCCUCUGCACUCGCUCAUGCCCACCGUAAACCAGACGCAGGUGUUCAAAAGGCCUCCUCCUGGAAUUCGAAAGAUUGUGAUUGCUACCAAUAUAGCUGAGACCAGCAUCACUAUAGAUGAUGUUGUCUAUGUGAUCGAUGGAGGCAAGAUUAAGGAGACCCACUUUGACACCAGCAACAACAUCAGCACCAUGACGGCAGAGUGGGUCAGCCUGGCCAACGCCAAACAGAGGAAAGGACGUGCCGGCAGAGUGUGUCCGGGGAAGUGCUAUCAUCUGUACAACGGUCUCAGGGCCAGCCUGCUGGACGCGUAUCAAUUACCUGAAAUCAUGAGGACUCCACUGGAGGAGCUCUGCCUGCAAAUCAAGAUUUUGAAUCUGGGGUCGAUAGCUGAAUUCCUGGAGAAAUCCCUGGACCCUCCCACUACAAUCGCCAUCAACCUCGCCAUCAAGAACCUCGUAGACCUGAAUGCCCUGGACUGCUCGGAGAAUCUGACCGCGUUGGGUUUCCACCUGGCUCGCCUGCCUGUGCAGCCGCACAUCGGCAAACUCAUUCUGUUUGGAGCUCUGUUGGGAUCCCUGGACCCCGUACUCACCAUCGCAGCCUCACUCAGCUUCAAAGACCCUUUCUUCAUACCCCUGGGUAAAGAGAAGAUGGCAGACAUGAGGAGAAGGACCCUGUCCAGAAACUCCAAGAGUGACCACCUCACUAUUGUCAAUGCCUUCCAGGGCUGGGAGGACGCCAAACACCGAGGCGCCAGGUAUGAAAGGGAGUACUGCUGGGACAACUUCCUGUCUGCCAACACACUCCAGAUGCUGCACAAUAUGAAAGGCCAGUUUGCUGAGCAUCUGAUGAAUACAGGCUUCGUCAGCAGCAGGGACCCCAAAGACCCCGCAUCCAAUGUCAACUCGGACAAUGAGAAGUUGAUCAAGGCGGUGAUUGUAGCUGGUCUGUACCCGAAGGUGGCCACCAUCAGACCGUCGGGCAGCAAGAAGAGGCCCGGGGUGAAGGCGUACACUCAGGCUGACGGGAAGGUGUGCAUCCACCCCAAAUCCGUCAAUGCGGAAGAGACGAACUUCAACUACUCCUGGCUCAUCUACCACCUCAAGAUGAGAACGAGCAGCAUCUUCCUCUACGAUUGCACCGAGGUGUCCCCGUUCUCGCUGCUGUUCUUCGGCGGGGACAUCACAAUCCAGAAAGACGAGGACCAGGAGACCAUCGCCGUGGACCAGUGGAUCGUCUUCAGGUCCCCGGCACGCAUCGCUCAUCUCGUCAAAAGCUUAAAGAGAGAGCUGGACUCUCUGUUCGAGGAGAAGAUCCGUCACCCGGCUCCCGUGGACUGGCAGAACCGUCAGUCCAAAGACUGCGCCGUCAUCACGGCCAUCAUCGACCUCAUCACCACCCAGGAGAAGCCAACAGGCGUCGGCGGGCGGGGCUACGAAAAGCCGUGGGCGUCGGCCCCCCCGAGGGGACAACACAGACAAUUCAAUGACGACGACGACGAUUAGGUGUGGCCGGCUUUGAGGAGAAAUGACCCGUAGCCACAGAGGUUAGUUUAGAUAUGUCUGACCACCAGCUGGCCUCCCUGGUGGCGCUUCUGAAAGCCAGCAUGCGAUAGUAUUGUAAAAUGUUGAACACUUGAAUGACUCGCUUUGUUUUUUGCCGUUUCUGUUAUUUAGCAACGACCAAUCCACGUUCUCAUCCACACUCUGUAGCCGUUGUGUUUGGUUUGGAUAGAUCUCGCUCGUCUUGAAGCAAUGCCACGGCGCAAUAAAGAAAGGAUCAAUACAUUAAAACCCGGCUGGCGUGGCUUCACCUGCUCGACUCGGAUGAAAUGUAGGAAUUCAAAAACAAAGUGAUCACCAUCACGCCAAAAUAUUGCAGGCGUUAUGGGAAAGGACCAUUUAUUCAGAGCCUUGAGGGAGCAAUCACGAAAACCACCUGCGUUGUAUUCGGAUACAUUGAACAUCUGCAUGGAUCUCAUCUCUGAUAUCUGAACCGUGCUGCUGGCCAAAGGCUUUCUGAACAUUCCUGAUGAGUCUGCACUGAAUACCGACAACAAACGGCCAAUUUAUUGUUCAAAAUGUUACCGGAGGGGUAAAAGUCUUAUUCUUUGAUAUCGCUAGCAGGGAUCCUCAAAGCACAUUCCAUAUUGAUGAAGAGGACACGACCGGCUCCAGGCAAUUAAGCUUUUAUUUGAAAUAUUAAAAAGGUUGUCUGCAGUUUCCGCAAUAUAAAUCUGUAUUUUGGCAAACAUAUAUGUUACAAUUCAGGCUGAUUUACAUAUUUACAUGAACACCGAUGAUUUACAAUAGUUACAAGUUCAGGAAGUGAUUGAAAUAAAGAGAAGUUCAUGCUUA